GUUGAGCGGUCGGCUAGGGGACCGUGGACAGCUCCCGUCUGAAGAGCAGAGUAACACAGGAGGAGGAGAGGGCUGGAUAUGGGGGAGCCAACACACAGGCCCGUACGAUCGAGAUAAAAAAAAAACACAUAUUUUUUGAUGUGCAUCUAUCGAGGACAACACACACAGACACGGAGCUGGAGAGGCCUUAGGAGGACGGGGAAACAACCGAGGAAGUGAAAGAAAAAGGGGAAUACGGCUACUGACCCAUCCCGGCGCAUCAGGGGAGGAGAAGCGAGAGAAAGGAGGAGAAGAAGGAGACAUAAUUCCGCUCGACCCGAUGGACUGAGAGGACAGAUGAAUGAAGACUGCCUACACUAACGCCUAUCGAUGCCUGGCCAAGGACCUGGACGCGUAUGCCAUGAACACAGACAUGACAAUGGACGGGCUUGGCAACCUGCAUGGCGGGGUGGCCGUCGGCUCCAUGGUACCUGACGUGGAGCUGAUGAGCGGCCACAGCCCGCACCAUGGCCGCGGUAGCUCCUCGGGGGGACACGGGGCGGCGGCGGCAGCGGCGGCCACCCUGCGGAUACACCAGGACCUGGCCGCCGCCGCCGCUGCGUCGUCCCGCUCCGCCAUGGUGUCCGGCAUGGCCACGAUACUGGACGGCAGCGGGGAGUACCGGCCGGAGCUGUCCCUGCCGCUGCACCACGCGAUGAGCGUACCCUGCGACACCUCGUCUCCCGGGAUGGGGAUGAGCGGCACCUACACCACCCUGACCCCGCUGCAGCCGCUGCCCCCCAUCUCCACCGUGUCCGACAAGUUCCACCACCACCACCAUCACCACCACCACCAGCGGCUCUCCGGGAACGUGAGCGGGAGCUUCACCCUGAUGCGGGACGAGCGGGGGCUGCCGGGGAUGAACAACCUCUACAGCCCCUACCACAAGGACCACAUGUCCGGGAUGGGUCAGAGCCUUUCCCCUGUGCUGGGCAACGGACUGGGCUCCAUACACAACACCCAGCAGGGUCUCCACAAUUACGGCACCGCAACGCACGGGGGCCACGACAAGAUGCUGAACUUCGACGCGCACCACACCGCCUCCAUGCUGGCCAGAGGGGACCACCACCAGCACCGUGGCCUCGGUGGCCCGGCGGCCGGGAUGAUGCAGCACCUGAACGGGAUGCAUCACCCGGGGCAUCCGGCUGUGUCCUCGGCGGGCCACCACCCCCACGCCCACCUUCAGUCUCCAUCCCACGGGCCCGUGUUGGCUUCCACACGGGAAAGACCGCCCUCCUCCUCGGGGACGCAGGGGGUGAACAGCUCUGGGCAGCUGGAGGAAAUCAACACCAAGGAGGUGGCGCAGAGGAUCACGGCGGAGCUGAAGAGGUACAGCAUCCCCCAGGCCAUCUUCGCCCAGAGGGUGCUGUGCCGCUCACAGGGGACCCUGUCGGACCUCCUGAGGAACCCCAAACCCUGGAGUAAACUUAAGUCAGGCCGGGAGACCUUCAGGAGGAUGUGGAAGUGGCUGCAGGAGCCCGAGUUUCAGAGGAUGUCGGCCCUCAGACUGGCAGGUGGAAGUACCUCCAGUUACUCACAGCUACCAGAGCUUCACGGUGAUCAACACAAGUCCAGUCAGGAAAUGCCAGCGUGCAAAAGGAAGGAGCAGGACACGGCCAAGGACCGCAACAACACACCAAAGAAGUCACGGCUGGUCUUCACAGACCUGCAGCGGCGCACCCUGCUAGCCAUCUUCAAGGAGAACAAGCGACCGUCCAAGGAGAUGCAGCUCACCAUCUCGCAGCAGCUGGGCCUCGAACUCACCACCGUCAGCAACUUCUUCAUGAACGCCCGCCGCCGGAGCCUGGACAAAUGGACGGACGACGGAGGCAGCCCCGGCGCCCAGUCCUCGGCGUCCAGCACUUGUACCAAAGCGUGAUGAUAGCG